AUGGCCGACGCGGGCCGGCCCAAGCGUGUGGCUAACUUCGCGUGGAUGACGUUUGCCAUAGCGCUGGUGUUGGUGUGCGCGGCGGCGGCGGUGCGCGGCGGUGAACCAGUGUUUGAUCCUAGUACUCUAAUGCGGCUGGUGCUAGUGCCAGCUGAUGCCGCCGUCGGUUCCGUCAUCUACCGUGUGCGUGCCUCAGACCCUGACUUCGACUACCCUCUGCAUUUCGAGCUGAUCGGUCAAAUGGGUCGUCUGGACAUUGGCAUCGUAACGUUACCGUGCACUCGUUACAACUCCGUGUGCCAAGCCAACGUUGUUCUGCUGAGGAGACUCGAGCCAGGUCGCUACGUGGACUUCAGACUGUCUGUACGCAACACCAGAGGACGAAGCUCACGUAUCGCUUGCUCCAUCACCGGAACCAAUGCGACCACACCAAGAGACACCAUAUUUCCCCACCAGCCUAGCAUCAUCUUAGUGCCUGAGGAUGCCAAAAGGGGUACUGAUCUAGAAAUUGUCAUCGCCAGAAAGAAUCCCUUGUCACCGAAGCCUCUGGAACUGGAAUUAUGGGGUUCGCCGCUUUUUGCCAUACGACAAAGAAGGGUGUCUACUGAAAAUACAGAAGGCACGAUAUUCUUAGUUGGACCAUUAGAUUUCGAAGCUCAAUCAAUGUAUCAUUUGACACUCCUAGCUGUGGAUCCUUACGUUGAACUGGGGAAGGACACUCGUAACAUAGCCGCCUUAGAAGUGGUGGUCGUAGUAGAAGAUGUGCAAGAUAUGCCACCAGUGUUUACAACAGCUCCUCCUAUCACCCACCUGCCGCGGCAAGUAGCACCAGGCGACAUGGUAGUCAAAGUCCGAGCUGAAGAUGGCGAUAAAGGAGCACCGCGAGUGAUUCGAUACGGUUUAGUAUCUGAAGGCAAUCCUUUCACUCCGUUCUUCAACAUCAAUGAAACAACUGGUGAAGUGACGUUAGAAAGGCCAAUAGAGGAAAUCGCAGCGAUAUCUCACGCCGGUGCACCUAUACUCUUGACAGUAGUUGCGGAGGAAGUUCGAUUAUCCAGAGAAGAGCCAGAAGCCAUGUCCUCGACGGUACAACUCGCAUUCAUAUUGCCGGAACGGGAAAACUCGCCGCCGUACUUUGAGAAUCAGUUCUACAUCACCUAUUUGGAUGAAAAUGCUCCUCAAGGUACAGCCCUAACAUUCAACGACCCGUAUAUUCCUCAAGUGAACGACAACGAUGCAGGCAAGAAUGGCGUGUUUUCUCUCACUUUAGUGGGAAAUAAUGGGACAUUCGAGAUAUCACCAACGGUAGCUGAAAGACAUGCACAGUUCAUCAUUAAAGUGAGGGACAAUACCAUGCUGGACUUUGAAGCUCGCAAGUCUGUUGUAUUUCAGAUUAUGGCUCAAGAACUUGGUCCAGCAACGAACUUGACAGCUACAGCAAAUGUUACUGUAUAUUUGAAUGACGUCAAUGACAAUCCUCCAGUAUUCCUUGCUCAGUCUUAUGACGUUGAGUUACCUGAGAACGUGACAGCUGGUACUAGAGUCGAGCAAGUCCAAGCUGACGAUGUUGAUACGGGAGCUUUUGGAAAAAUCCAAUACACUGCCAUAUUAGGAUACCUUAAUACUUCUCUUCAUUUAGACCCCAUAUCUGGAGUUAUAAGUGUAGCGACCAAUAACCACGGCUUUGACCGUGAAGCAAUGCCAGACUUGCAUUUUUUAGUAGAGGCUAGAGAUAACGAUGGAGUAGGUUUAAGAGAAACAGUGCCAUUAAUUAUUAAGUUAUUAGAUGUAAAUGACUACCCACCUGAGUUUGAGAGAUCGUUAUAUGAGUUCGUACUUUCGCCAAGCCUGAACAAUUUUACAUCAGCAGCGUUUGUGAAGGCAAUUGAUAAAGAUGCAGAACCACCUAAUAAUGUUGUGAGAUAUGAAAUAAUACAGGGGAAUAAUGAUGGAAAGUUUGCUAUAAAUACUGAAACUGGCGAGCUAUAUCUCCUUGAAGCUCUUAAGAGAACUAAGAAACAAAAUGUUCCGAGAUACAAACGCCAAAUAGACUCACAACAAGAAAGUGAAACUUUUAGUUUAUCUAUAAGAGCCUUCGAUUUGGGCGUUCCUAGUUUAUCUUCCACUACUAUUGUGAAAAUUUAUCCACCUGAAAGCAAAACCAGAACAAUGUCAUUUAUUGUACCUGGCGGGAACCCCGAUAGACAAAAACUUGAAGAAAUUCUCAGUACACUUUCUGGAGGAAAAGUUACUAUAAUUGAUAUAAAACCAUAUAAGGGAGACAAUGGAGACACAGAUUUAAUUGGACAAGAGUCUAGUCAAGAAAAAAGCGAAGUAAUAGCUAUUGUACGAAUGUCAGGUAACACAGCUAUUAAUGUAGCAAAGCUUCAAGAGCAGUUAGCCAAGAAUAUGACAAUGUAUAGCACCGGAAUAACAAAAAAUGGAAAUAAUGGUAUGAAAAAUGAAAAUUCAGGUACUAAUACUUGGAAUGCUGGAACAAAUCCUGGGAAGCCAGGUUCAAAUGCUGGUAAUUCCGGUAUGAACAAUGGAAAUGUUGGACCUGGUAACGGAAAUAUUGGCAAUGACAUCAAUACCUACCAGGGAACUAACCAUAUUAAUACAGGCUCUGCAAAUAAUUUAGGUACGGAUCAGACUAGCCAUACUUCGACAUCAGAUAAUGGUGAUUCUACUAAAAUGCACCAACUAACCAGUGCACGUUUCUCACCCGCUUUUCCACAUUUUAGGAAAAGAGUGAUCCGUGUCAACUCCACAGAGGACGACGUGCGUUUAGUGGCUCACGACAAGGGAGCAGGCAGAGAAAAUAAGUCGACACAAAAUUUAGAGAAUAAGUCAGUACAAGCCACUGAAUGGCGUAGAAGGGAGGCGUGGAGUGCUGAACAAGCAGACUUGAGGACGAAACCGACUCAGUGGAAAUUCAAUAAAAGAAACUACAGGUCAAAAGAUCUUUCAAAACCCGCUUCGACUCCUGGUGACAUUCAUCAGGAAUUUGUGCAUGCAGCCGCUGAUAAUGAUUACAAAUACAGCGAUAGAAGACAAUCUCUUCGUGCAAGGGAUGGUCCAAAUAUAAUUUACACUAAAGAAAUGCAACUUCAAGAAGCAUUUGCAAAUAAACACAAAGAAUACAUAGAAGAUUUAGAAAACGGCUAUGAUAGGAUUGCUACUUUGCAUUAUCACAAGAGAGAUCAAGACGACGAUUCAAUGCGAAGACAUGAAAUAGAUCGUGGCUCAGAAGUUGGCGUCUUUCUCAAGUCUGAAAAUAAAGUUAUGGUCGACAAAGCAGAAAAUAAAAAUGUUGAACAACGAAAUAAAGAAAGAGCUCCAUCCUCCAUAGGAAGAGAUCAAUACUUCAUCAAAGACGGAAAUACUGAAAUCUUAAGGCUUGUAACAAGAGGAAAAAAUGAUGAAGAAAGAUAUGUAAAUCUGCCUUUACAUCAACAAAGACCAGUUACACUAAUUCCACAUACACAAUAUGUUGUAGUGGACAGCGGAAAAGAUUUGUUGAUGGAAAGAUUUAUAAGAGAACAAGGUGAAGAAGCCAAAAAUAUUCGAGAUAAAAUGGAUGAAGUUGCUGACACGGAUAGCGUCUUUAAUGGAAAAGAGGGUAAAAGUCUUGGUCAGAGGUCGCGUGCUGGUAGUGAGAUGCAUAAUCAAUUUCAUGACUAUUCUAACAUACCCCCAGAGGUACCGGGUGUUGUUCCCUUGAAAGCAGAUUACUUACAGUCAGCAUUAUUGGAAAUGCAAAAUAAAUCCACGAUACACCAAGAAUUACUAGAAUCAUCUUUAAGAAAACAAAAUGAGCUGUUACAUCAAAUUUUGAUAGAGCGUGAGAGAAUGCUUCAAAAUCAAGAAACUGCCUCACAGGUUGAAAGUAAAUUAGAAACACAAAGUCUCCCUGGACAAUCAGUAAUGGCAACACAAACUGAAUGCCAUAUCGGAACACAAACAGAGCCUAUUCUUCUUAAACCUACUCGUAGAAAAGCAAGAAGUGAUAAUGACUCAUACAGUGAAGAUGAUUCUGAAAUGAUAGUAGAAGACAAAAACAAAAAAGUAGCAUGGGUUAAGAGAAAAAAGCCAAAAAAGAAAAUAAAAUAUAAGGAUCCCAGGAGAAGUAUCAGAAUCUAUGAUUUAAAGCGUAAAAUAAAAACACCUAUAAUUGAAGAAAGUGAAGCUUCUCCAUCUCUGGAAAGUGAAAAACAUAUAAAAAUAAGUAAAAUUAAUGAAAGGGAAGAACACGUUAAAAAUUAUGGAGAUAUAACUAAAAGUAUUGUGACAACUUCAAAAAAUGAAACUGUGAGCUCAACUCAAAUCAAACCAACUGACACUGAUCGAAAAUCAAAAUUAAAAAGAGAAAUAUUAAUGGAAAUAUCAGAUUCUCUAGAAGAAAAAUUAGAUUCAGAUUCACGAGAAAAAAAGCGUUUACAAAGACAAAACCACAUAGAAGAGCUGUUAGCCCUUGAAGAACACGAUAGUAAAGAAAUUAAAAGCGGAAGUAGUUCCGCAUCAAAAGAUAAUAGAAAUUUAGUAUUUUCUAGACAAGGAUCUUCAACUGAAGCGCGACAAACAGCCGAACAAUCUCUUAAUUUAAAAACUACUGAAUUGGAUGUAACGCCUAUAAGAGAUAGUUUGAGCAAUACAGAUUCAAGUCCUAAAAAAACUGAUGGUAAUGCAGAAUCAGCCAAAUCAACAGAAGUUCCAAAAAUUGUACAGAAAAACUUACCAAGAUAUAUGCAGUGGUAUGGUAAAAAAACAAGUUCUACUUCAAAACCAUCAGUAUCUGAAAAAACACUACCUCAAAAACCAUCAGCUACUGAUAAAAUGCCACCAUCAAAACCAAAACGACCAUCAAAAACUAAAAACGAUCAAGAUAAAGACAUCAAAGAAGACAAAACUGGUCGGUAUGGCAAAAUAUUAAGUAGAGAUCAAAGUGAUCACUCAGAGGUAAAAAAAAACUCCAAAACAAAAGAAAGUGAAUUCAUUCAUCCUCGCUUAUUAAAAGAAGAAAAAGUUACACCAGUACCUGAAGGUCCGUUACCUGAUGUUCACCCCUUGCUCCAACAUUCAGAACACAGAUAUGAACACCAAUAUGAGAAUCAAAAUCCGCUUUGUUAUAUACAACCAACCCAUAUACCCAAAUAUUUAGGUGGUGAACAAAACAUUCCCGUUUUACCUAAGAGGACCUCUGUUGAACAACAACCAGUAUACGUCAAUCAAGAUGAUGUUAAGAAAAAAGACCAAAAAUCAAAUAUCUCAGAAAGUGCAUUAACACAUAGUAUAUCGAUAUCAACUAGUUAUGAAGAAGACAGGAAGAAUACACCAGAAGUACAUGUUUCUAAAAUAAACAUAGGAGGAGAUGUAACUGAAGCCAACAGGAGUGUAACUACCAAUGUAGAUGACAAUGAUUCUGGAAUAGCUAUGAAUACACUUGUUCAUCAGACUGGGAAUAUAAAAAGGCUACCAAUAACUGAAAAGAAAAGCAUCUUCACUAUUGCUUAUGAUGAAGUUCAAACAAAACAAUUAAGACCAGACAGCAGUUCUACUUCUUAUUAAUCUUUGGUACAAUUUUAUUCACCAAAAUGUGUGCCUUACAUGUAAAUGAUUCCAUAUUUUGUUAAUUGAUUCCGUCCAUUUUCAGUCGCUUAUGAAAUUGAAUGUAAAUAAAAUAGAAUUUAGAUUAUUAUGAAUAAUGUAAAAAAACAACUGCCUUUAUUUGAUGACUGGUAUUAAUAAUUUAGAAAUAUUUUUUGUAAAUAUAAAUAAUAUGUUAAAAUAAAAAAUAAGGCAAAGAUAUUAUUUAAAUUAGUUUAUACUUUGAAUAUUGUAAAAUCUACUGUAAAUAUUUUCUCUUGAACCCACUUUAAACCAUACUGAUGCAGUAUGUCAUUCUAUAUUUGUUAUAAAAUAUGAAAUUAUAAUUAUAUAUACUUAUACAGUGGUGUAAUCAUUUCUAUUCUCAUAAUUUUACCUACCAUUCAUCUGGUAUCAGAACUUGAGAUAAUCAAUAACGUUUCUGACUGCUAUCAUGUCGUUAUUAAAUUCAUGCAACAGAAAAAAAGGUACCCGUAAUGGCGAACAUUUACUGUGAAAGUAAUAAGAUAUUGUUAAAUAAAAAAAAACACAUGUAAAAGUGACAAAGAAAUACAGAAAGCUGUUAUUGAAAUCGGGCGAUUAAUAAUAAUGGCCUUCACCAAACCUCCGGCUGACGUCACUGUAGAAGUUUCUGGAAUAUAAUACGAAUCAUUUUUAAGAUAAUUACUAUCAUUACUUUUUUAGAUAUUUUGAAGUACACAGUUCAAAUUACAAUUUGAAUUUUUAUUAUCAUAUGAGAAUGGA